AUGGCUAUAACGCGCCGUCUACUCCGCGAGGAAAUCACGUACUCCACUGCUAAGGGACGCGAGGCCAACAUCCUCCAUCAACUAGGGUACCAUGACAAACAAACCUCCUUCUUCAACCAAUUGAAUAACAGCCGCGAUUGGAUUAAGUAUGUUGUAGCUCAUCAUCUAGGACUAGGUGCGGGAUCGGUCGACUUGUGUCGCGUGGCCGAAGUUGAGGACUGGUUUCAUGGAAGCUUCAACAUCUGUGUUCCAGUCACUAUCGAAGACGAAACCUGGAAACGGGAGAAACAAGGAGGCUGGCAUGUUCUACUUCGACUACCUCUUCCCUAUCGUAUUGGGGAAGCCUUUCGAUCUGGAAAUGGCGAUGAGAAGGUCCGUUGCGAAGCUGGAACCUAUGCAUGGCUACAAGAAAACUGUCCAGAGGUGCCGAUCCCACACAUGUAUGGUUUUGCUAUGUCUACCGGCGAAACUUUCACACGGCUCGAGCACCUGCCCUUCCUAUCCCGAUGUUUUCAAUCCAUCCGCCGCCGAUUGCUCUCAUGGUUUAAUCUUCCAGUUCCUUCUUACUACGCCCGUCACCAGGGAGGAGUCCACAAUGCGAUUGGCGCUGGCUAUCUGGUAAUCGAAUACAUCGAAGAGACUCAGGGAAGGAUGCUCUCAAGCUCAUGGUUCGAGAAGAAUCAGCAUGAUGCCAAGCUGCGUACCAACUUCUUCCGUGAUCUGGCUCGCAUUUUGUUAAGCAUCAGUCGAAUACCGUUACCGCAGAUCGGCUCGUUUAUUAUUGAUGAUGGUGGAUUCCUGCGUUUAUCAAAUCGACCAUUCUCAAUCGAGAUGGCAGAACUUGAGAACGACGAAAUUCCAACUCACAUACCUCGCGACUAUACCUACUCCACGACUGACUCCUACGUGGUGGACACACUUGCUUUUCAUGAUAGCCGCCUCCAGAACCAGCCAAAUGCAGUAAAGAGUCUUGGUGAUACUAUUUCUCAAAUGGCCGCUCUGACAGCCAUGCGAGCCACCUUUCCACUGUUUCUUCGGCGAGAUCUCCGCCGUGGCCCUUUCAUUUUCCACUUGACCGAUCUUCAUCAGAGCAAUAUCCUGGUUGACGAACACUGGCAUAUCACAUGCCUAAUUGAUCUGGAGUGGGCUUGCUCUCAUCCAGUUGAGAUGGUUGCGCCUCCCUACUGGCUGUCAGGCAAGCGGGUGGAUGAACUAGACCCAGAGAAUUAUGACGAAACUCGAAUAGAAUUUAUGGAUAUUCUAGCUGCUGAAGAGACACAAAUGCGGGAUUGUGUUGUUGACAAAAAUGCCAUGCCACGACUGUCUGAUGUCAUGAACCGCUCUUGGAAUACGGGCACAUUUUGGUAUACACUGGCACUUUCCAGCCCUACUGGUCUUCACAAUUUCUUUUACGACAGGAUCAAACCCACAUUUUUCAAGCAUUCUGUUGAUGAUUUCAUAUCAAUUAUGCUUUUUUACUGGGCAAAAGACGGGCCAUUGCAAGCAUAUCGCAAAGUCUCAGAUAAGGAAAAUUAUGACAUCCAACUUCAACAAGCAUUCGAGGAACCCUGA